GUUUUUUCGUGCGAAGCUAGCUAGCUAGCUAGCUAGUUAUUGUACGUGGAGUGAAUUAGCGUCGCGAUCGAAGCCCACAUCCACAUUCCCUGACAAGAAUGGUGUUAUUGAUGUUGCAUCGAUCAACGCACCAACCAUCAAGGUAACGAUUAGAGCACGAGAAAGAGAGAGGGAACAUCAAUAGAGAGAGAUCUGUAGUACAGCACAUCUGUUACAGUCACCAAGGCAUUUCAUUCUGUCCCUACACAGAACCUCAGUCAACAAAGUACAGUUUGGUAUGGUGUCAGCUGUCUCAAUCCCACACUGUCGCUGUGCAGUAAACACUAGCACCAAACCAAGUUUGCAUUGCCAUUUACCACGUUCAUGGUUGACGACCGUCCAUUAGGCAGAACACAGAGAGAGAGAGAGAGAGAGAGAUUACACCUACACGUUCGUGAAUCAACCCUGCAUCACGCACAUCAUAUACAGCAAGAAGGGAAUAUGUUUGAUAAUUGUUUACCACAAUUGUGAUAGCGAAGCCUGCAUUAUAUACAACAAGAAGGAGUACAUUUUAAUUCAUUUGAUUUCGAGGAGCUGUGCAAUAUCAUAAGCCCUCGACUCUUCACAUGCCAUUCCCCACUAUGGCCUUCUGCAAUGCAUCUAUCAGCAAAGGUGACCAGAGGACUUGUACAGUGCCACACUGCUAGGUGCGCAUGCCAUGACAUUAAGAAAUAAACAAACAAUAUCCGAAGAAAACGCUUGUCAUUAGAACUCUUUGCUAGUUCCAAAGUGGACUGGUCAUUUAGAACUCCAAGAUGAAUCAGUACCAGGUUACGAAGCAGCUGGGAGACGGAACGUACGGGAGCGUGAUUCUCGGCUGCAGGUUCGAUAAUGGGGAGAAAGUCGCUAUCAAAAAGAUGAAAAAGAAGUUCUAUUCCUGGAAUGAAUGCAUGGAGUUGAGAGAAGUAAAGUCUCUGAAAAAGCUGAACCAUGCCAACAUAGUUAAGCUGAAGGAAGUCAUACGAGAAGACAACAUUCUUUAUUUUGUGUUUGAGUACAUGACAGAGAAUCUCUAUGAACUCAUGAAAGGAAGGGAUAGGUUAUUACCAGAACCAGUCAUCAGGAAUAUUGUAUAUCAAAUUCUUCAGGGAAUGGCAUACAUCCACAAAAAUGGUUUCUUCCAUCGAGACAUGAAGCCAGAGAAUCUCUUAUGCUGUGGACCAGAACUCAUCAAGAUCGCUGACUUUGGUCUAGCGAGGGAGACUAGGUCCAGACCUCCAUACACAGACUAUGUAUCAACAAGAUGGUAUCGAGCGCCAGAGGUCCUACUGCGUUCCACCAAGUACAGCUCGCCCAUUGACAUGUGGGCAGUAGGCUGCAUCAUGGCUGAGCUCUACACGUUAAGACCUCUAUUCCCAGGAAGCAGUGAGGUGGAUGAGAUCUUCAAGAUCACUACUGUCUUGGGUACCCCUAAGAAGGAGGAAUGGGUGGAGGGUUUCAGGUUAGCGUCCCAGAUGAACUUCAAGUUUCCGCAGUGCGUAGCCAUGCCCCUCAAGACGAUCAUACCCAACGCCAGCCCCGAAUCUAUUCAUCUCAUACGCGACAUGCUCCUCUGGGAUCCACAGAAGAGACCCACUGCAGCACAGUGUCUUAAAUACAAGUACUUUCAAGUCGGCCAGAACCUGGGUGCCAAAGCGCAGCCCCCCGCUCAGCAACACCAGCAGAACCAAAUGGCUCAAAGGCAGGCACCCAACCAGAACUCGGCAAAGAGGAGAGUCCUUGCAGAACGCGAACCUGCGCCGAGCCCUCUCUCAAAAGUACAACCCAAGAGGGACAAUGCCCAGCCUAAGGACAGUAUGGAUGAUUUUUUUGCCAAUCUGGGCAAGUCGAAAGACGUGGAACCCUCAAAGCCUGUCCAGGAGAAGGCUCCGAACGCUGGAAACAAGAGUGGGAGGAGAAAAUGGGAGACGGGGAAGAAAGUGGAAGACAGUUGGGAUGAUUUUGACUUGGAAGGAAGUCGAGGGUUCGGUGGUACCAGUGCCAAGACGAAGAAGAUCGGAGGAAUGAAAGGCAAGGCGUUGCCUACAAUCGGAGCGGGAAAUGCAGUUGGGAAGAAGGCCUCGUUGGAUUGGGAAGACGAUGAUGACUUUUUGAAGAGUCCAACUAAGCACAGAGUAGGCCCUCUAUCGACAAGAAACCAACCUGGAGUGGCUAGGGUGGGACUAGAGUCUGGAAAAUCAUCUGCUUCAUCAGCUAAACAGUUCUACAUGGGCAAGGCCAGAUAUCUACCAGGUAUGAACGUGAAGAGCCCCAGGAAGGAUUCGGGCCAUGGUUUACCUGCACUUAAUAAAGUACCGUCAGGCAGUGCACAUAGAAGUAACAUAUUAGGAUCAAAUUACGCAAGAAGAACGGAGAACAACUACGGAAAUGGUGGAGGAAACGGUGGAGGAGGAAACUAUAUGCCAUCAUUUUCCGCUAAACAAGACAGCUCUGCUAGAAUAGGGGGCUACAAUGAACCAUGGAAGACAACAACAAAAGCAGGUGUAACAAAUACCUUUGGAGCUGCCAGGAACAACGGAUUACGAGCGCAGCCGGUCCAUGGCCGAACAGAUUGGGCGUCCAAGUACGGUGGAGUGCGGUAGUAUCAGCUGAACUUUGAUCCAAAACAGUGCAAUCACCAGAGGUUUAUAGAACAAGCUCCCGUAUCUUAAGCUCAUAUCAACUUUUGUAGGACGGCAGAGGCCUUCAUGGAUUAACAGAAAUCAAAUCAAUCGGAUUGGCUAACUAAUGUUUAUAAGAACAGCAUCUGAGAAAUUGGAGGAAAUUGGGUUUCUAAUUUGUAGUGCUUAUUGAAAUGUUCUUGAGCCCACUCUUACUAAUUUAUGUAUUCAUGAAUGUCAUGAAUAUUCAUAAUGUCAUGGUGUGUUAUGAAUAUCCAUCGUAAAAUCAUGAAGCUUUCAUAGCCUGACAAUCCACUCCUUGCACUGAAUUUCUGCAUUCGAGUUAGAUCUCACAGUAUUUGAACGUGUUUCUUUUUAACAUCACCUUGACUUAUGUUUUAAUUACAUGCAAAGCAACAGCUGCGAUCUGUUUUAUUUGUCUAGUUCUCAAUGAAGCAAUGUAAACUUUGAUCUGUACAGUUGUUGUCUAUAAAUUGGUUGCCUAUCAUGGACAUGGGAAUAUUGUUUUGUAUGUAUAGUCAUGAUAGGAGUCUCAGUAAUUAAUGGAUUGUUGCAUCAUGUGACGAUGAUGCAUUUGUCGUAUAUAUACUUUUUGUAAAUAUGUAUGUAAUAUCUGUUUAAGCUAAUUUUAACAAUCAGAGCAAUUUAAAAAAAGUAACAUUUUUGCCCUAAAUUGGUCACAUGAGUUGAGCUUUGGAGGUAGAUCUGGUUUUUAAAUUUUGAAGCAAAAUAUAACAUUACAUUAUCGCUGCUUUUGGUAAUUUUCAAUUGAAAAAUAAAAGAAUUGAGUCGAUAAAUAGUUACAUACAUUAAAAGCAUUGCAACUGUUUAAACUUUUAUGUGAAAUAACAGUUUUUCAGUCAAUACCAGCUUAAAAGUGGUCAAUAUUUUUUUUUUUUAACUAUAAGUUAAUGCUGAAAUAAAAGAUUUUAUCAUAUUUACUUUUUGUAAUUUUGAUUGAAAUCAGAAGAUUUUAAUCCUGUAAUCAGUAUUUUAACUGAAAUGGUGAAUUAUACAAAAGCAUUGUUCCUAUUGUGAAUAUGUAUGUCUUAAUUGCUAUUGCCUUAUUAAACUCUAAGAGUGCAUGAUUAGGUGCUUUAUUUUCUACAGCCCUUGAAACCGGAGCUUUGUCGAGUGUAAACCAAACGGUUCGGUCUCGUAUCCUUUUGGCGCUGCAAAGAAAGUUAGCCAACGGUUCUAUUUCAGCUUUCCCUUGUUUUUCUAGUCAUCUGCAGUCUUUUUAGUGUUGAAGAUGAGGAGCCAUUGCUUGUGCGCUUUUAAAGGUACUGUAAGAAAAAAAAAAAGAAAAGAAGAAAAAAAAAACAGCCACAAAAUAUUACAUUUCAAUGCCAAUAGCCUCCUAGAAGAACAAAUAAUUUAUUCGCUAUUCUCAUGAUAACACAGAUCUUUUUAAGGACCUCUUGCUGUAUUUAAUACGAGGCUUUCACCCGUAUAGUAUUUUGUAUAAAAAUGUUCAUCACCUUGUUCAAACGUUUACCAAAGCUGUAAAUCUCAAAAUGUUUUAGUGAUGUGUGUUGGUAAAUGAUUUUAUGUUCAUGUCAAGUCUGUAAAUGAAAUGUCAGAAAUUUGUUGAAAGGUGUUCAACAAAUUGCACAGCCAUUAGAUUGCUUUCAAGAGAUAUCUAUGGUGUGAUAUAAUUGAAAUAUAUUUCACAAGCGAUUUGGCACUGUAAUCUAAAAAAGCAAUACUUUUCACUCAUGGGUCUCGCAUAUUUCAUUGGAAAUCCAGAUUUUGAUUCAGAAUAUUAGUACCGGUAUGUAAAGAUUAUGCUCGGCAUGUCUUGAAAUUACUGUUCCUUCACAUCAACUGAUUGCAUUCAAAGUCAAGAAACAAGGGAAUUCUGAACUUGCAAUCAAACAAUAAUGUCAUUUGACCAAUCAGAAUGAAGUAUUCUUCUGAUGUCAUCAAUUGGUGGAAUUUGAUUGGCUGAUUUUCAGAAAUUAGAUUUCAUUGCACUUCUCCAAUCAAUCACAUCUUUCCUAUUAGCCAAUCAGAAUCAAGGAUUCUGUUUUACAUUAAGACAAUGUGGAUUCUGAUUGGAUAAUGGUCAGAAAGUAUUUGAUUGCAUGUGAAAUAAACCAAGUAUCAUGUGUUUGGUAUUUCUGAUUUUCUGGUCGAUGUUGUACUGUCACUGUCUGGUAUUUAGCGGCAAACUCUGAAAAUAUGAAACAAUUAUAUUCACAGCCUUUAUAAAUUACCUCCGGAAUGAAAUGUACAUACAGCUUUUUUUAGAUGGUCGACUUACGCUUUCUUGCUUUUAUAUAUAUAUAUAUGUCGGUUAAAUGCCUUCUCUUCCAUCAAUCGAAUGUCUGUGAAUGUAACUAGUUGUUUUCUCUUCCAUUCUUAUCAUCAGUCUUCUUGUUAAGUAUUACAUGUUCUGACAGUUGAAAGAAUAUAUGUUUUCCGCUUUGGUGCGAGAAGGAUGAUAAAGGGCUAUGUAAAUGGCCUUCUACCGCUGAACAGAAAAAUUAGCACGUACUAGUUUUGUGAUUCUGUGGUAUGUUUUGUGCCUGGCAAUAGGGUGGUAGUACAGAAUAACCAAAACAUUCUCAGAGAUGAAACAAUAAUUCGUUUUUUUUUGUAGUUAGAAUGGUGUUGACUUGUAUACUGUAACACAAUCCAAUUAAAUCCUGUAUCAUGGUGUCUCAUCAAAGGC